GCACCCGACCCGUCGUCUAAGCCCAGCCCGGCUAGCGCGCCGCAGUGCGACGCAGCUCUCGAUCUGCUUGGCCGAGAGGCCCCUGAAUCUUCCAGCCGCAAAACCCCUCAUUGGCUGCCUCGUGCCUCCCCGGUCAUCAUCGCAGCAGCUGAAGUUGCACGACAUUCUGCAGUUCGCGAUGCCUGAAGGCCGCCAAAGAUGCGGAUCCCAUACAAGGCCCUCCCGCUCCCGCCUGCGGUUUCUUUUCCCCCAGGCAACGGGAAUUGUUCCCAGGCGGCGUUGGAAGCGUUCCUUUCCCCUUAGUUGACUGCUUGAGCGACUGACAAGACACCUCAAUCUUGGGUUCAGAGGGCUUCGCAGCCUCUAGCCUGUGGACCGGUUCCACCGUUGCCAGCCUCGAAGGCCACGACCGUGAAGGCGCCAUGAACAAUAGCACGAGCUCAAGUGGCGGCGGCGGCUCCGAUGGAGACGACAAUGUUGUCAAUUGGGUGGCCCUUGUGGUGUCGUUAGUGGCCUUGUUAGGCACCUUCGCUCAGGUCCUCCAACAGUACAUUGCCUCGGCCGCCGGCUACUCGAAUUGUGGCGAAAGCGUCAUGGGCAAGUGGCACGAGAGCAAGAAGCGGCGAUUCCGAGCGACCGAGCUCCGGUUUGAAGUCCAAUUCGAGACCCCCGUCAUUUUCGUGUGCCCGCCAAAGAACGACAAGGGACCGAUCCCGGGGCAGAAGAUCCAGUUCGUGAAUGGCACACGCGACAGUCUGAGGGACACGCGCUCGCUGUCCAGAGAGGAUGAGGAUAAACAACAGAAGACGCUCCAGGAACGCCGGGUACAUACCGCCGACAAUGAGAGGGCUUCGUGGGUCACGCUGCUGUCGCAGUUGCAAGCUAUGGAGAAGGAGAGCGCCGAAUGGCAGCAAAAAUACUACAACGUGAACCCGCCACAGAGUCUGCCUUACCCCGGCUUCCAGGACCACACCCUCGCGGUUGCCAUCCAGGCCAAGAAACGGAGCUGGGACACCAUGCCGGCCGGCGUCAACAAACCGUACGCCACGACAACCAUGUGCCAUCUCCUCGAGAUCGCUGCCAUGAUGGGCAUCUACUGGAGGGAGUUUGACAGAUCAAGGGAAAGAUACCGGGCUGAGGGGAACGGUUACUUUCUCACCGGCACCAACGUUCCCGAACUCGGUCUCAUGUUCACCUUUCAGAUCUAUGCCAAGACUAAGUUCCAGGAGAACAGGGUGAUCCCGGUCGACGAGGUCAAAGAGCUGUGCUGCGGCUUCGUGUCUACACUGUUCCAGGAGGAUAAGAAAGACAGGCGCAGGAUUGAGUUUCCCAAUGAGGACCCCAAGGACCUGAGCUUCCUGCAGCUGGGUAGCACGCGCGAGAUUGCUGAAACGAUGGUGCUGAUCGAGUGCAACACCGACACGGCCAACUAUUUCCGGUCCGAUGACAAAAAGCACGGCCAUCUCUUUCCGGUCCCCUUCGAGCUGCUGGGCAUGCUUGGCAAGACGCUGCGCAUCCGGAACAGCGGCUUCCGCAUGCUGCCUAACCCGACACCAUAUGUGUGGGACAAGAACUUCUUCAACCUCCGGAGACUCGUCAGGGAAUACUCGGGGAAAGUGCACGACUCGGAAGCCGAUAUUCCUCCAACACCACAGAUCAACCAGUUGAAGCAUGAUGCCGCGAUGCUGGUUGACAUCUUGAAUGAAGACAAGAGGUCUAGUACACCCGGUUAUUCCCUGCCGCUUCUGAACAACCUCCACGAUGUACUCGACAGGUGCGAUGCCUUCCUGAAAACGGAGACGGAUCGAGACCUCGUCCGCCUAGUUGUACGGGAGCAUUUCCAAGAAGUGAUGAGAAUGAUCAACGAGGAGGGGGACGCCGACGGUGAAAGUACGCGCAGUGGCGGCAAGGGUAGAGCGGAGCACUUCGACGAGCUCACGGCCGCCAGCCCGGAGCGGCGCCAGGAAGCCUUUAUGGAGCUUUACUUCUUCAAGGUCCUCCACCAGGUGAGAGCGCGGGCUGUCAUGUGGUAUGGACGACGGCGAACCACGCACUACGCCCCUUCGACGCACUCGCGCAAGAACUCCAUCAGCGACACCGGGCCCGAGGCCAAGCUGGAGGCUCUGUCUCCCACGGCCUCUGGUUCGCCGUCAAGGCCCGUCUCGCCGGCCCCUCCCACGCCUGGCGUGGAGAAGCGUCAGAGCGAUCAGUUGGUUCCGACGUUGCACAUACAUCCGCCGGACCGGGUUCCGCAGCAGCUUCUGGGCAUGGAUACCACCGAGGGCCUGGAUUUGCAGGCGGCCGACAUCUGGUGUACGCUUGUCCUGAGGAUGCUGUGUUGGCUGCUUUUGCAUGAUUUCAACAAAAAAGACGUUCAGAUCCCGAAGAGCGAGUUGAUGGGCAGUCGAUUGCCCGUGUACAUUGCUUAGGGGGCAAUGUCCGGGUGACGUAUGAGUUUCUUGUAUUUGGACAUCACGGCUUUUGACCUUUUUCUGGGCAUGCAUGGGCGGAGGGAGCCAGGGACCACAGGACUGGGAAGUGACGAUGUGAUGAUCGAUUUCUACUUGGCGGGAUACGCUGCUGUGGAUUGCAUGGUGUAACUGUUU